UUUGGUGUCAAGAUACGGCUGACAAUCGGUUCGAUGUUUCGUCACGGUGUAACACGCUAAUUACAAUUAUUAUCGUUGGAUCGCACCAAGCAAUCAGAGUACUUAAACCUAGUCAGCAGAGACUAAUCUUCCUUUUUUCGUUUCUAUUAGAAACACGUUGCGCAAAAAGUCGCGAGAUUUGGAAGGGACGUGUAAAGCGAUUGGACAGAUCAGACGUCAUGCGGUGACGUGUUCGUCUCGAUGGCGCCGAGAGAAAGACGCGGUACUUUCGAAAAGAGUGACUGCAAAACCGCGGUUUGUCUAAUUGGACGAAAAUCGAAGAGGGAAGGCUGAAGGAUGAUUGUACCCGUGUCGUUGUCACGUGACCCGUUCCCAGCGGUGAGACAACCGUGUUCGUUAACCAAUGUCACAAUGUACCUGCGGCGAGCGCGCAAGAGCGCAGGUAGUAUAUGUGUGUAUCCUUUCCCGUGUGCCCCUUCCUCGCGGAAGGACAAAGCGGCUUCGUCGGUUCCCGUUACGGCAGCACUUGAGUCGUGGCCGGCGAAAGAAAGGCGGAACGCCGGGAAAACCAGCGAAUCUGGCGGGGGGCCGUGGAGCACCCAGCGUGUGCGGAGAAUUCGCUUGAAACACAAAAGUCUCGAAAGAAAAGGCGAUCAAUCCUUGCGUAUACGUCGUGUUCGAGUGCCGAAGUGAACGCUCCCAGGGUACACACUGACGUGCGUCGCGUGUUCACCGCGCAUGAUCCGCCGAGUAGGAGAGCCACCCUCAUUUUUUCUAAUUACUUUAAUUACGAAAAGCAGGCUGCUCGCCGUUCUGCCUUGGUGUUUCGGUGUUCCUCGAGAGGCACCACGGUGCAACGCAACAUUGACAGAAUCUAACGGAAAAUGGCGGACCUCGAAUCGCAUUGGGCGAAUUAGAUUCCGUGAUUUGUUGCGCGUUCGUGUGAGAACCAGUGGAUUCGCCCGUGACGAAGGAGGUGGAAGAAGGGUCCUGUUGAUCCUGCAAAUGGUGCAAUCCCGGAUCGUGACGCCUCCUGGAUAACUCGUGGGAACGACGUCUCUGAAUGGAAGUGGAUCAAAGGAAAAGAAGAACCGGGGAAAACGGCGAUGUGGUCGACGAUAGGUAGCAACGUGCGAAUAUACUGCGUAACGGAUAGUUGACGCGUGAUAGGUCCCCGUUACCCUCGGUGGUAUUCGGUGCUCGCUUGGUCGAUGCGUGCGCGCUUGUCCGCGCCGGAGAUCGAGAAAGUUUUCGUCGGCCGAGCGUCCCUUCUCGUUCGUAGCGAUUAUGCUACACGACGAUCUAUUCUACGGAAACGUUUGCAAAAAAAAAAAGAAGUGAAGCGGAGAGAAAUCGGAAAUAAGGAGAGCCGGUGAACUAGAACGAAAGGCGGAGGUAGUAGCAGGCAAUAGAAAAUUCUGGUUGGUGGCCGCGAAACGAAGAAGGAAUCGUCAGCGGAGGAUCGGUGCGCUGGAUCGUUGGAAGUGGUAGAGUGAAUCGCGGCAAGUGGAAGAAGGAGCGACGAAGUGGCGAAACACGAGAACCAGAGAGAGAAGGAAAAUAUCAUCUCGGAGAUGAAAAUCGGUGUACCGUGGUUCUCUGGCGAGUCGGCUGCUUGCUAAAAGGUAGUAAGAGGAGGCCAGUCCGAAUGGGAGUAGCGACGAUUAGACGGUGGUCGGUUCCUACGGGCUGUCGUGGUCGUUGUGGCAACGGGAACGAAGGUGAAGAAGGCAGCUGUCGUCCUCUAAUCGGGUCGCGGAAGAAUCGGACGCGUUACAGUGAUUCGGUGAAAGAAGGAUGAUGACCACUACCGGAAGAUACGGCGCUAUGGAAAUGAGACAUUCGAGGAGCGAGGAUCUACUCGGCGUAAUCUCCGGCUCGCGGUCCCCGAGCCCUAACGUGCCUCUGCCCAGCACCGCGUCCGAGGACGACCUUAUCGCGGCCAGCGCCCUCCACGAGGCCACUGACUCUGUCGUAAAGCCAGCGUGCCCCUUGUUGUCCUCGAGGGUUGCUGGACCGCCGGGUUUUCUAGCGGAUCGCAUCGAUCCCGAAGACUCCAUCCGAGACAUCGUCACUGAAAAUGACCUCUACAGGUUCGUGUUGUUCAAACGUCACUACGACAAGUACGUUGCCCUGGCGGCCAAGUACGAGGAAGCCAAAGGCAUCGCUUACUACUUGGAGGAACGUUAUCACGAGGUGAAGGUACGUUGCAGAUGUAUCGGUGAGUUUUCAUUCGCACAACGGUAAUGGUGUCUUAAUUGC